UUGUUUAUUUACAUAUUGCUCGUAUCGGCGGCACAUGUGUAGUAACUUCAUUUUCUUACACUUGCUUGGUCUGCAGUUGACAACUAACUAACAACUAACUGGCCUUUCGACUCACUGAAGAAGAACAACUCAGUUUGCAUAGAACGCACAUGCACACAUACACACACAAAACUACUGACUAAGCAAAUUUUAGAUUUCAUUCACAAUUUCAGUUUGUUUGUAAACAAAUUUAUUGUUUCUCGUUGGCUGCUCUCCUUUUGUAUUACAAUUUUUAUUUUAUUUUUUUGAACAGCUUUGCAUGUAGUGGUGUUACUAUACGCGUUACGUCACCGGUGCGUUUAAUGACGAUAAUGCGAUAAAGACAGAUAAGCUUGUGAAAAUACUUGAAGCUUCUGGUGAAAUACACGAAAGUUCUGUGAGCACCCUUGUGAGAAAUUUUACAACUUGAGCGAAAAAAAAACUUGUGAUCCUAUGUAAUUUACUAUAAUAGUACUCUACACGACACCGAUGUUAUAAAUAUAUCAAGGGGACUUAAAAAAUUGUAUAUCAUCAAUAUUCCAUUAAACCUUAAACCUUAAACCUAUUAUUCAGUGAUUCUAAGAGCACUCAAUGUCAAACAGAUGCUAAGAGCUGUGCUGAUGAUCAGAGAGUCGACAACGUGUGAUCUAUUGCCUUACUGGCAAAAAUAUAUACCAUACAUAUAGCAAAAUACAGCAACAAAUAAUAAUAAUGCAAAAGAGGACUGCUCAGAGGCAACCAACGACCUCGGAAAAGCUUUUGAAUAUUUCUGAUGUCGCUUAUGGCUUUGUAAAUUAUUUUUAUUAGCGAGAAACGAAAUAUUUUGUUUUUUAAAUAUAGAAAAGAUUUAACUAAAAAUAUGUUAAUAGUUAUUUGUUCGACUUCAUGAAAUUUUUUUAAAAAUAAGUAGUUGUUUUUGACUUUUUCCCCAGAAAACUUAAAUAUUGACUUUUGCAAUAUUCGACAAUUAAUUCACGCCCUAAUAAUUGUUCACGUUCAAAAUCAAGUUUUUAUAUGGAGACCCUUUUCUAUUUAAAGAGGUAUCUUCACGAAGUUUGGCGUGAAUUUUUUGUCCAAGGCAAUACUAUAGCUUUCACACAUAUUUUUCAGUUGGGAUCACUAUUGUCAUACAAACUAAUUGAUCAAAAUUGAGGGUAUUAUAGCUUUUGGUGCAACGUUUUUUGUCUUGUUAGUUAUUAUUUCUAGUUUGAGGCACUAAAUUUGUUAGAUUUUUCAACAGGGUGAUAUCCAAACCGUAUAUGAAUUUAGGUUCAUUAAACAGCAGAGCAACGACGCGCAUGGCAAACACAUUUGGAAAUAAAGUAAUAGGGGGGAGGGAAACCGCUAGAUAUGGUUUGCAGAUAACAACAAACAAUUAAAUAGCAAUUAACAGCUAUUUACAUUCAUUUGCCAUAUGUUUAAACCAAUUCGAGUUGAUACUGCUGAAGUGCGCCCUGGGAAAGCAAAUAAAACAAACAAAUAUUAAGAAAGAAUCGUUAAAAUUUCUGAAAUUUUAAAGCGUAAAAGAGAAAUUCUAAAUUAACAACGAAAAACAAAAUGCAGCAUUUGAAAUGGGUCAAAAUAUGUGUUGGAAUUAUUUUUGGAAAUCUGAUGUUAUUCGGUUUUUCAGCGCAUGGCAUAUCACUAAGCAAAGGUCGCUUUUACCAUUCUUAUAUAAUAGCAAUGUAUGCAUUGGCAAUUGCAAGCACUUUCACAGUGUCAUACGGUCAAAGUAUGCUGAACGAUUGGAAAAACGACGAAUUUGAUUUGGAAAAUGUUACUAAACUAUACAGUUACAUGAAUAUUAUAUCAGUCAUUAUCAAUUAUCUGACAGCACUCAUACUGUCAAAGACAUUUGUGCGAUUUUUUAAUACAGUCGCACUUUUUGAUACACUAAAAUUCUUCGAAGUCAGCGCGCGAACAGUGAUGGUAUCGGUUAGAUUGGUUAUCCUUAAAGCUUUACUAAUACCUGUCAUAUACGAGGUGACAUUGUUGUUACAACAAAUACGUAACGAACCAGAUAAACAUUUAUUGUGGACUUUAUAUACAGUCUUGCCUUUGAUACUCGCGCAAAUGUUUCCAAAUAUUUUCUUUAGCGCAUUAGUUAUUAGCAAAGUGCUUGUGGAAACAUUGAAUGAACGUUUAUGUGAAAUUGUCAAUGAGGUUAACUGCAUGCAAAGUACACUGCAGAUGAGUUUGCACAAGCCAUAUUAUCGUAUGCAGCGCUUUUGCGACUUGGCUGAUCGUUUGGACUUGCUCGCGCAAAAAUACGACAUUAUUUGCAGGCAAAUGACAAAGUAUCUGCAAUUGCUUUCGGCGCCGUUGAUUUGUUCUUUGCUUUGUAAUUUGUGCGGCAUCACAGUGGGUUGUUUUAGGCAAUAUUUAGCUAUUGCUGAAACAUUGGUAAACAAUGAGCCCUAUGAUGUGUUUCAAGCUUCAACUAAUGCAGUCUUUCUGGCUAUAUCUGUAAUUGAAGUGAUGUUACAGGCGCAAAUUAGCGAUAAUAACGUAGUUAAGGUGCAAGAAACUGGCUUGAUUCUACAACGCAUUAAUCUGACACAUGCAGAUUUACGUUUCAAGCAAUCGGUGGAAGCAUUUUCGUUGCUUGUCUUGGUGACAAAAUAUAAAAUUCAACCACUUGGGCUGAUGGAAAUAAAUAUUUCCCUCAUUCAAGAUGUGCUAUCAGCGGUUACAAGCUUUUUGCUCAUAUUCGUGCAAAGUGAUCUCACGUUACGUUUUUCAUUAAAGUAAACAAGUUGAAGGAGUAGAGGUUUUGCUUACCUGGCUGAACUGCAUAAGAUUAUCCGACUGUAAAGAAAUUAACAAGUUAUUAUAAAUUAUCAAUACCAAAUAA